AUGGACGGCGUGGCCUUGGCGGGGCGCUACCCCGCCUUUGUGGAGCGCGUCUUGGCCGCCUUGGCGGAUGGGGCUGCGGGACGCUCCGAGGCCGCGCUCGCUUCGGCGAUGCAUGCGAUCGACGAGUGCAGCACGAGUCACGACAAGGCGCUCGUUCUCGUCGCAGUCGUCGAGGAGAAGCUACGCCUCUCCACCGACGGGAUGCUCAUGCUCGCCGGCAUCGAACUCGUCGCCAUGGCUGUCAGCAACCUCGGAGUCGACUUCGCGCGGUGCCUCGACGAGAGGUACAUGAAAACCAUGACAAAGAUCCUCAAAAUGACGACACUCAAGAAGUCUCUCUCACGAGACGUGAAGAGCAAGAUCAACAAAUUUCUCAACGGGUCGCAGAGCUGCAAUCCAGGUGUCGCCACAGAUCCUCAACUACACCGGCUAAAGAGAAAAGUGCUGUAUCUCCUCCAGCUGUGGCACGAUUCCUUCGUGCUGCAACAAGAGCGACUUCCAGCUAUCUUCGAGGCGUACCGCAAACUGCGGGCGAAAGGCGUCGAGUUUCCGACGGUGGACGUUAACAUGAAAUUCAUGGUCAAGAACGCAGAGGCGGGGCGUCACAGCUCCGCCUCAACCAUCGUUGCUGUCGGCAGAAGAGUCGCAGCGGGCGCAGUGGCGACGAGGAGUUUCUCGAGUUCAAAAUCCAACGACCCCCGCAGUCUGGAGCUCCUCGAUCUCGACUCCACAUCUCUCCACUCUUCGCAGUCUUCGUCGCAGUCAUCAUCUCAGUCUUCAUCUCAGUCUUCUUCGCAGUCUCCGUUUUCGUCGGGGGGAGGCCUCGACGCGUUGGAUGCGAUUUUCCGGACUGCGUGUGUUCCAGAAGUGGGAAAACCGAACCAGGCAGCUCUAGGCUCAGCUCCUGGUGGCUCCUCGGAGGUUGCUUCCUUCGACAGCCUCUUUGCGAUCAACGCGCUCGCUGUUGCUGCGCCGGCGCAGGCGCCGUCGCACAGUGCGUCGUGUCACCCGGAAGCGGCACAGCCUGUGCGCCGCGCAGAUGCAGCGGCGAGCUGUCGAGACCCCCGACGCUUCGACGCGUUCAACGAUCUCCUGCCUGAGCCUGCUCCGCCUGGCCCGUCCCUCGCCCUCGCCUCGCACGCUGCUCUCCCUCAGCCUCUCGGGGCGUCUCCGACGGAUUGCGGAGAUGCUCGGACGCCUGCGGUGGGUCCACUGACCUCAGCCGUAAGGCCACGCGUUUCUUCAGGCCUCAAGGGCCCAUGUGCGGCGAGGCCUUUGCAUGCGUCAGAGACGGGGGCGCGCGACUCGAAGGAGGAGAGCGAAGAGCAGAAGAGGGAGGAAAAGCGGGAAAAGGAUCCGUUUUCGAAAGACAGCGACGAGCGUCGAACAGGCUUUGAAGCGUGGACAUACCCGGGGCAACAGGACGACUCCAGUCGGGCAGAAAACCAUGCUGAAAAUGCGAUUCCCGCGUUCCCUCAAGGGCUGAAAGAAGGAAACGGUGAAGAGGCGCACGCUGAUGCAAGCUGGCGUGCAUUCCCUCCUCAGUCUCCGAACGCGUUUGGAAAUCCCUCCUCGUCCCUCUCCUCGCCACCUUCACUCUCUCCUGGCGCCUUCCCGUGUCCGUCGUCUUCGUCCUCCUCAACUUCUUUCUCGUCUACUCCCUUCCCUUCUUCUGUGCCUUUCUCUUCUUCUAUACCUUCCUCUUCUUCUAUACCUUUCUCUUCUUCUGUACCUUUCUCUUCUUCUGUGCCCUUCGCUUCUGCGCCUUCAUCCUUCGAUCCUUUUGCAGAGAUCUCAUGUGCAGCCACGCCCGGCGAAGUAGAAGGCACUGUGUUGAGAAAAGAAAGAGAAAAUCCGGCGCCUUCCGUCGCUUUUCUUCCGUCUCCUCCCUCUUCUUCUGCUCCUUGGGCCUUCCCGCCCCUUCCGACAGAAGCGCCUGCCGGCUCCAAAGGGACUCUGUCUCUCUCCUUCCCUCCCCCUCCUUCCUCCUCUUCUUCCUCCUCUUCUUCUUCCUCUUCUUCUUCCUCUUCUUCUUCCUCUUCUUCCUCUUCUUCUUCCGCUUCUUCUUUUUCUUCUUCUUCCGCUUCCCCUUCUCCCUUUGUUCCGGAGUCUCACGAGGGAGUUGAGGGAAGGGAAGUUUGCGCUUUCCCUGGAAGCGAAGAAGGACGCGCGGACGACCAGUGGCAGUGGGAUCCGUGGGCGUCGUGUGGAAGGGAAAAGGAACUGUUCGGCUCUUCUUCGGGAGAAAACGCCCUCGUUCCCUCUCCCUCCGAGGCGCCUGCUCAGCUGAGUUUCCCGGAAGAACCGGAGGUGCGAGAAGAGGCGAAAGAAAAACUUGAACGGAUACACAACGAGAAGGAAGAAAACCAGGCAGAGAAACAAAGAGAGAAGGAAGAGAAUCAAGACGAGAAGGAAGCAAGACAAAUCGAGAGGGAAGAGAAACAAGAACAGAAGUUCCCGGAGGUGAACGGUGUAUCUCAAAGUUCAGAGCCUUCUCCGUUUUUCCCCAGCGACACGGCCAAGAACGGGGAAAAGGAGACAGAUCAGGAGGCAGCGGACAGCCGCCAAGCGGAGAACAGCGAGAAAGAGAGCGAAGGAUCCCUCGAGCACGGAGAGCACGCGCUACUCGAAGAGCUGGAACUGCAACUUGAUGAAAUGACGCAGAGUUUCACUGUUUUCGAUUUCUGA